GCCAGUUUCUGACCACCACUGAGUGCAACGAUUAUUCGAUAGCUAUUAUUGGCGCACCCUCCGAUAUGCACUGCGAGAGGCAGCCCUGGCCUGCCACUCUUGCCCCGAUUACUCGAUUUUCGAAAGGUUUUGCAGCUCUGCCGUUCGCCCAGCCCUGGAAAACCACGCCAGUCAUUUUUGUUUUGAUAAGGAUACGGAUACAAAAAGAGCGUGGCCUGGAAAAAGUGCAGAUAUAGGCGAGAAAACACUGCAAUUUACGGAGAAAUCGGUGCAAACAGUGCGGUGGAUAGUGCGCGAAAUAGUGGGCGCGUAUUCGAGCAUUCCCGGGGCUACAUACGUGGAAGGCAGCGUGUGGUGGCGGAGCAGAGGCGCAGAAGAAGAAGAAGAGGCGGAGGCAGCAGCAGUGGUACACAGAAGAAGAAGGCGAAGCACGGCGCAGACAGCUAAAAUAACAAACCAGGGAAGAGCCCGCGGAGAGAGUGGAGAGUGGUGCGGUGCGGUGCGGAGCGGAGUGGAGUGGCGGGGAAUGGCUGUGGGCCUGCCGUGGCUGCCAUUGUAUAACGCUGAUGGGCAGACAAUAGUGCCGCGCUAAGACUUAAUCUCGAAUACCUCGCAGCACCAUGCAUCUGAACCAUGCGACUGCCGCCACAGCAGCCAUGGCCAACUACCAGCACUACCAGCUGCCCGCCUCCCACGGCGGUGGCGGCGGUGGCGGUGCAGGAGGAGGCGGUGGCGGAGGAGGGGGCGGCGGCGGUGGUGGUGGUGGCGGUGGAACUGGCCUGCAACAGCCCACGACACUAGCCAGCCUGCAGCAGAGCCCGUUUGCCCUGCAUCAACUGACCGCUGUGCAGGCCAUUCAACAUCCCACCCACCAGGCCAUGCUCCAUCCACAGCACCCGCUGGUCCAUUUGCUGGACAUCUCCACGACCACGGCGAAUAGUGGGGGCGGAGGCAACGGAGGUGCCGGCAAUCAUACCCCCAUUUCACCCAUGAAACAGGAAGUGCAGAGCGUGAUCAGCGAGGAAGAGGUGGUGGUGGACGAUCCGCGCAAGAAGAAGCAGUGCCACGUGUGCAAGAACAAGUUCCGGCAACUGACCACGUUACGCAACCACAUGAAGAUCCACACGGACGAGCGGCCCUACAAGUGCAAGCACUGUGACAAGGCCUUCCGCCAGAUCUCGACGCUGACCAACCACGUGAAGAUCCACACCGGCGAGAAGCCGUUCACCUGCAACAUUUGCGCCAAGGACUUUCGCCAGCAGAGUACGCUGAUUAACCACAUCAAGACGCACAAGGCGGCAGAGUCCAGCACGCCCACGUCCCUGCUGAACUAUCAGCCGCAGCCGGGCAGCGGCAAGCAUCGAAAGUCGCAGAUGCAGGUCUACCAGCAGCAGCAUCAGCGUGUCCAAAUCUCAAAGACCCUGUACUCCGGCAGCUAUAGCUCUCCGGCGGCCGAGGAGCUGGUAAAGCCGUAUCAGUGCAGCGUCUGCAAGCGCCGCUUCCCGCAGCUGACCACGCUGCACAACCAUGAGCGGACCCACAUCGAUCCCAAGCCCUACAAGUGCGAGACGUGCGACAAGUCCUUCAGCCAGCUGGCGACACUGGCCAACCACAAGAAGAUCCACACGGGCGACAAGCCGUACACGUGUUCCUACUGCCACAUGCAGUUCCGCCAGCAGAGCACCCUCACCAACCACCUCAAGACGCAUUCGCAUCAAAUAGCCGGCGGUGGAGCAGGAGCUGGAGGACCCGGAGGAUCAUCAGGAGGUGGCGGAGGAGGCGCCGUAACAGCCACAGUGGAUCACUCAAUGCCCACAACUCUGGCGGCCGGGACGCAGCAGCUGACGACUGGACUGUUGCCGAACAACCUGCACGGCAAUACACCGAACAUCAUCCAGCUGGACCAUCAUCCGCUACUGCAUUUCCUCGAUGGCAGCACCACGGUCAGUUCGGUGGUGGCAACGGCGGCGGCCGUUACAAAAGUUGAGCACUUCCAGCCCGGGGGAAGCGGAGCAGGAGGUGGAGGAGGAUCACCGCCGGGACGCAUGACUAUUGUGGGUAACAUCAAUAUGCUGAAGGGUGACAAUCCGGAUAGGCCAUUCGGCUGCAGCGUUUGCCAGCGGUUCUUCUCGCAGCAGAGCACCCUGGUAAAUCACAUCAAGACGCACACGGGCGAAAAGCCGUACAAGUGCAAGAUCUGUGAGGUGAACUUCCGGCAGGUGGCCACGCUGAACAACCACAUGAAGAUCCAUACCGGGGAAAAGCCCUACAACUGUUCCUACUGCCCCAAGCAGUUCCGGCAGAAGAGUACGCUGCAGAAUCACCUCAGGGUGCACACCUGCUAGACCUGCCAGACUCCAGAUCGCCAGGCAGCCAGCUAGCCAGCCAGUUAAGCAGCCAUUGAGGAGGAAUAGUGCAAUAUGCAUGCCACAUAGCACAUACACAGUUAUAGAUCGCAUAUACGGCAUACGAAUACGAUGAUUACAUGAAUACUAUAUUUAAAUAUAUAUACUCGAAAGUGUUAUUUACCUGCUGUGCAGAGCGCAAUUGUAUGUAACUAUAUAUCGCGUAGAGAGCCGAUCCACAUGCGUGUCCAAUUGUAAAUUAAGGCUAAAACCAUAUUCGCAUAAGCCACGAAUGAUUACGAUAACGAUGAUGAUGAUGAUACAGGGUGUGUGUGUUUAAGCCUAAACUCUACAGCUAUCCUAGUGUAGGAUCGAUGCUCGAGGAGCGUAACCUUUAGACCAUUCUAAGCCAUUUUAAUCUAAGGUUAAUUUUUAUCUUACCAUCAGCUCGGAUUUCUAAUGAAACUCGUUAACAAAUUAUACACAUUUUCCUUGUAAAUUAUACAAGUUAUUUAGGCUCUUAUUUUCUAGUUCUGAUAAAUAAAAAUCGUUUACACUUUA